AAACAAACUGAUCAGAUCAAGCAAAAAUCUGUUCAGAUAACGAACAUAUUUAAUGCUUUGGCAGUUUCCGUUCCCCCAACACGGUGGCUUACAAUUCAGAGGCGUUGGGAUGGAUCCGUUAAUUUCCAUCGCAGCUGGGAGGAAUAUAAGAACGGAUUUGGGAAUGUUCAAGGAGAGUUUUUUAUUGGGCUCGAAAAAUUGCAUAUCAUGACCUCUGCGCAACCUUACGAACUUCACAUAAAAAUUGGCAAGAUUGAUAGAUCCAUAGGUUACGCUAAUUACGAUGACUUCCAAAUUGGUGGCGAGGAUGAAUCAUACAUGCUUAAAACUUUGGGAAAAUAUUCUGGAACAGCAGGAGACUCGUUGACUCGUCAUAAGGGAAUGAAAUUCACCACAUUUGACCGAGACAAUGACAAUAUUAAUAAAAUUAAUUGCGCACGUUCAGAAGCUGGAGGCUGGUGGUUCGAUAAAUGUGCCUACAGUACGCUUAAUGGAAAAUACUACAGUGACGGCCAUUGCGACAUAACUAAUGGCAUUUUUUGGGGUUCAUUCCAAAAUAAUGCCUGGAACAUUUCCUUAACAUUCACUGAAAUGAUGAUAAGACCUAAAUUCGAAUAAUUUUACCAAAAUAAAAAAAGCUUCAGAAAGACAACGCUUUUAUACCCUUGCAGUCAUAACUUAAUUCUAUGUAAACAAGAUUAUUGCCUAAUUGUUCAAUAAAUAAUAUCAGCUUAA